GAGAGAGAGAGAGCAAGUGUUUAUGAACUGAAUUAACUGGGCUGUUUGUGACAGGAGGAGAGAUUCCUCAUCUCAUGAGUGGAUCAUGACGCAUCUGUGACAAUAGUGUCCACCGUCGCUGCUCUGGACAGGUGUGUUACCUGUAGCUGUGAAUGGUGGAAAGGGGCAGGUUGUUUCAUUUCCCGUGGCUUUUCUUCCGGCACCGAUGAAAUGAAUCGCAUUGUUUUAACUUUGUUUCACGACCAGACACGCAUUUGGAUGGCGGAGCGCUCGUAAGAGUGGACCGAGCCGGUGAUUUCAGUCUACUGAUUGAUCGAGAACAGUUCGAGACAUUUUUUCAAUGAGCGAAGACACUCAUACCACUCCCUGAUCAUUGGAAAUAGCAGCUCUUUUUUUGGUCGCAAUAGCGUUUAUCGUGUGGAGCUGACGCAUUACCGAACCGGGCUGCAGUAGGAUAUGUGCGAGACGGUGAUGGCCGUGUCUGAACUGGACACCGAGCCUAAUCCACCGGAGAACGGCUUCGUCACCCCCGAAACUAAUAAAUCGCCCGAUUUACUGGCGCAGAUCGACGCCUGUGUUUUGCCCAGUCUGGGCGGCUUUGGGAAAUUUCAGAAACAGCUGAUCGUCUUAACAUGGAUACCAGCGCUAUUCAUUGGCUUCAGCCAAUUUUCGGACAGUUUUCUCCUGGCGCAGCCGAACAACCCGUGUGCGCAAGUGAACGCGAGUACCAGCGAGCCGUCGGCUGUAAUCCCGUCAGCGCAAUUUAGCGCCGUGAAUGGAAACAACGGCACCGAACGAUCAUCGCAGUGCAUAUGUAUACAAUCAGGAUUUGAACUGAAAAAUGGACUGGAACAAAACGUUGUUACCAAGUGGAACCUUGUAUGUGACUCGGCCUGGAUUGUUCAUAUCGCCAAAUUCUCCCUGCUGGUGGGCUCCAUCUUUGGGUACUUGGUGUUGGGAGUUCUGGCUGAUUGGUUUGGCCGGCACCCAGUCCUGAUCAUCUCAGUCUUCUUCAUGUUGGUAUUCGGCAUGACAGUGGCCUUCUCCGUCAAUGUCCCAAUGUUCAGCACCCUACGCUUCUUUGAGGGGUUUUGCUUGGCAGGGAUCACACUCUCUCUCUAUGCUCUGAGGAUCGAGCUUUGUCUGCCGGGCUGGCGUUUCUCCAUGACCAUGGUGGCUAACUUUGUGGCGUUGGCUGGGCAGCUGAUCAUGCCUGGCUUGGCAGCCCUCUGCAGUGAUUGGCAGAUUCUGCAAGCGGUCAUAAUCUGCCCCCUGUUACUCAUGCUGUCCUAUAUCUGGAUUUUUCCAGAGUCUCUGCGCUGGCUGCUUGCUACUCAGCAGUACAGUCGCUCUAAAUGGAUCAUGGAGCGCAUUGCAAAAAAGAACACCGUCAAUCUAGAACAGGAUGCAGAAGAGCUGGUGACAGAGCUGAACAGAGCCCUGCCAAAGCAAUCCAAGAAGACCUGCAUCGUAAAAAUGGUUGGCACAAGGAACCUGUGGAAGAAUAUCGUGGUGCUCUGCGUCAACUCACUAGCAGGUUAUGGGAUCCAUCACUGCUUUGCACGCAGUAUGAUGGACCAAGACAUGGAGACGACCACCAUGUUCCACAAUUUCUAUGCUGACUACUACACCAUGGCGGGUAUUGCCGUGGCAUCCUGCGUGGCACUGUGCCCUGCUGUGGGCGUGAUGGGUCGGCGUGGAGGACUCCUCAUGUUCAUGAUCAUCACCGCACUGGCAUCCCUUCUUCAGCUGGGACUGCUCAACUUGUUGGGAAAGUACAGUGUUCAGCUGAAUAUCGAACGCUCUGAUACACUGAAGUCCAAUUUCUCAGUGGCUUUCUCCAUCAUUGGCAUGUUCUCCUCCCACGCUGUCAGCAACCUAAGCAUCUUUUUUUGUGCUGAAAUCACUCCUACUGUUAUUAGGGGUGGUGGGCUAGGCCUCGUCCUGGCCAGUGCUGGAUUUGGCAUGCUGACAGCACCUAUCAUGGAGCUACAUAACCAAAAAGGCUAUUUUCUGCAUCAUGUCAUUUUUGCAUGCUGCACUCUUAUCUGCAUCAUUUGCAUCCUGCUACUGCCAGAGACUCGCAAUCGGUCACUACCAGAAACAUUAGCUGAUGGUGAAAGUUACACUCGUCAACCGCUACAGCUGCCUCGCAAGCCAGGCGAGCAACGCCUCCUGCUGACCAAGUCUGAGAGCCGUGAGUAUGCCAGGGUGGGCGAUACACCUCUGCAUGAAGCGGCUGCCACUGCUAUUUCCACUAUGGACUCUACAGCCUCAUCCGCCGUCGAACUCCCAACGCUCCAGGAUGUCCCUGUCCAGCAAGCGACUGGUACAGUACAACUAUUAAGGAUGAAGAUAUUGAGCUCUACCAAAGAGCAAGGUGAAAUCAAGCAAAACUUUGAUGAGUGUCCCACAUCUGUUACCACGCUGGAAUCUUCUGCCCCAUCUCUAGAGGACCCUCUCCUCACCUCUAUUCCAAACACCUCAACCCCAAUCUCUAUUAAUUCUCUUCGGGUAUCUAAAAUGGAAUCUCCCCCUGAUGUUAUCUUAGAUGUCCUGCCUUCUUGCACUUUGGACACUCCUUUGAUCACCGAUCUGGUCCUGGAGUCUCCUGCUUCUUCUUUAAUUGAUCAGUCCUCAGCCUCAACAAGUGAUGUCCAAACUCUAACACUUGUAGAUAUAGUUAUUCCUCCCCCUGUGGAAUCUCCUGCUCCAGGUGCCAAUGAAAGCAAAUACCAAGCUGGGAUGGACUCUACAGACCCUCUUCUAGACUCCAGUCUCCACCUCACAGUGGCAUCCCCAGAAACACCAGUAGAUGACACCAUUCCUCUCUCUGCAAUGAACCUGUCUGAUCCAUUACCCCCCGCCACCGGACAAAUUCCCAUCGACCCUUUAAAUGACAUUCCUCCCCCUUGCUCAAGAGAAUCAUCUGUUCAUCUUGUCAUUGAAUUUCAACCCCCUUCCCCAACAGAACGGUCAUUACAACCAAUAAUAGACCCCCAAUCUUCUGCCUCGUCAAGUCAAGUUCAUGCUAUUCCACCUCAGUCUUUCUCUUCUCCUAUAGAUUCUGGCACUCCAUUAUUACACUCAGUGUCUUCCUCUGCGAUAGACUCCAUAGAAUCUGGCCCUCCUUCAUCAGCUGUACUGGAGACAUUAAGAAAUGGUGCUGCACUCCUGUCUACGGCAAACUUAACUGCACCUCAUGCUACAAGCACAGACUCUGUUACUGAAUCUGGCCACCCUUGCAUGGCAGACUCGACCCUUUCCUCGCCCAUUGACUCAAGUAUAUCUCCAACCUUGAUCAUCACAGAAACCUGCAGUGCUAGUGGGGUUUCACCUUUAUGAUGGACAUAUUCACUUGGUGAGCAGCCUUAUAAGAAGUACUCGUCACCUAAGGUGGACUCAUGUAUUUUAAAUGUCUGAAGUGUUUUGCUUUCCAGGAGCUAUGACCCAGGAAAGGCAAAGCGAGGAGAAGGUAUAAAAGGAUAUGGCACUAACCAUAAGUAGGAACAACCAUAAGAAAAUCAUUGUCCAAAGGGUCUUUUCUGUCCCUUGGUUUCCAUGGCUUAAUCAGCCCUCCUCCAUUGGUGCCAGUAUCGGCUUUUUGAGCAACUAGAUCCAAAACUCCAAAUGUUAUAUUUGAGCUUCUUUUAUUAAAAACACUAAGGCCACCAGUGACAGGUUCCCACUUGAGUAACACUGGAAUUCUCUAGUCAGGUGAUUAGACUUCUAUCUGCGUGUUUGAUAGCAAUUUAAAACAAUGAUUUAUCAAAAGUAGUCAGACGUGAAUAGUGCUGAGUAAUACUCUCAGUCCUGUGACAGGAAUUUAGACACAUUAAAUGCAGUUCUAUCAAGAAAGAGCACUAUGCCAAAUGUUUAAAGAGAUAUUUGCUAAAAAGGGAAUUCCUCACUAACCCACCUCUGUUUAUUAUAUUCUCGGAAUGUUGAGUAGUUUGUCUUGAAGUUUACAGUGAAUGACAAAUACCUUUCGAAAUUAGGUAUUGAAUAAACACUUAACUUUCAUGUUUCGAAAUAACCAUAUGCGUAUUUCCAAACCUGGUAAACCUGUUUGAAUAUAGAUGCUACAAAGACACUGCUCAGAAUGUUAUACCUUUUUUUUUUUUUUUUUAUCUAUAAGAGCUAAUAACCUGGAUCUGGUGAAAAAAAAAAAAAAGUAAUUUUGAGGAGAACAGAACAUACUCCUAAUAGGCAAAUAACUAUUUUAAGACAGUCGAAGAGACUCACAACACACUCAAUCAAGUGUACGCAACAGACUUAUUGUGAAUGUGAAUACUUUGUUGACAUCUUGUAAUUUAUGCUGUAGUGGUACAAAAGUGUAGCUUUACAUAAAAAAAAAAAAAAAAGGAAAUAGAAAAUGUAAUUUUGUCCCAAUGGUAUUUUGGAACUUUGUUACCAUAUCUGUGUGAAUGUAUGUGGCACUUUAUCUUUUAAAAUGACAAGAAAGCAUGUAAACAUCUAAAACAAAAGUUGUAAACACAUCAAAGUAAUGAGAAUAGGGGUGUAACGGUCACAUUUGUUCUCAUGGUUCUGUUUGUAUUACUGUUUUAGGGUCAUGGUUUCAGUACGGUUCAGUAUUCGUUAUGUUCAGAAAAAUAUUACUACCAAAUCCAAAGUACAAAUAUUCUAUUUGAUAACAAACACAUCAAGAGAUUUGCCCUCAAAUUAACCAUGGUAUUUGUAGUAAAAUCAUAGUAACCACAAAAUUAACAUGGUUACUAUAUGGCUACUACAGUAUUACUGAAUAAAAUGGUUAAAUUUCGUUAGUGUCUUUAACUAAAGAAAACAUAAUUGCUCUAAUUACUAACUCAACUUUUAACUUAAUACCUCCAUAUAUGCUAUAUGUAUCAACAUAAAGUGCAUUUCAUACUCAACUCAACAUAUAUUCAAUAUUCGGAAGCUGUACAUCACUAUAGAAGGAAAAACCUUGCUCAUAAAAUGGAUGCUAGAAGGGAUGUCGUAACGCAACCCAAGUUUUUUAAUCAUACGUGGAUAUCCCACAUCUUCAUCAAUGGAGUAGGGCAACAUAACUUUGGCAAUGAACACUCCAAGCGCUUUAGUUAUUGUUAUAUGUAGCUCUGAACUGAUGUCUAUUUGCUGCUCUAUUUUCUUUGCCAAACUGUAUGAUCCAGAUGCGACAUUAAACUUGAGAUGAACCACGGUGCAAAUGCUUACCGAACCGUUGGUGGCGAACCGUACGGUCAUUUUAUUUGUUUUACUGAGAACCGUUACACCCCUAAAUAAGAACAAAUGGAGUGAUUAUGAUUGUAUUUUUUUUUUAUUAAUACCCACAGCAAUAAUACAGUAUGUGACCCAUACUAUGCCAUGGUGUAAAAGUAAUUUUAGCUAUUGGUUUGUUUUUGUUGGAAUUGUUUUGCAUCCUUGAUCACAGUAAUGAACAUUGAUAUGAAGUACUAAUUAUUGUUUGGUUGAGCAAGGUGCUAAAUAUGAUUUUAAAAUUACCUCCUAAAAUUGUGUCAGUAGGUGGACAUGCUUAUUCCUACUUUUUGUUUGUUUGUUUGUUUGUUUUUGGCAACAGCAGGUUUUGAAAUACACUCAAUGUUAGGAAAAUUCUGUAUGAAAUAUAGAAAAAUUUGUAUCUGUGCCUGCAUUUGACAGCCACCAAAUGAAAGACAGAUUGUCCUGAUAAUUUUAAUAAUUUCAGCUCUUAUUUUUUUAAGGUGAUCCACCAUAUUGCCGGGGGGAAAAUAUUAUAGACCUAGAGCAUAUGGGCUUAUAAAAAUGUUGUAAAAAGGGUUUCCGGCCAUUUGUUAAUGAAAAUUAUGUCUAUUUGUAUUUUGGGGAAUCGAAGUACAGAGGGAUUUUUUUCUGUCCUUCAAAAAUAUAAUUUUCCCCUUUAGCUUUUGCAAAGGUCCUUUCACUAUUCAGGAUAUCUUGUUGCAUUUGAUAUAUAGAAAUUUAGAGUGCUGACAUGAAUCAUUGAUUUUCUUUAGCAUUUUUAGCAUGUUUUGGUUUCGUAUCAAUUCAAACAACAAAUCUCCAAGACUCACAUUUUUUAGCUGAUUCAAUGUAAAAUCUGUCCCAUUCAUACUUCAGAACUGAAUGACAGAUUUUUUUUACCCAAACAAUUUACGUUCUUUCUCUUUGCACUGAUUUCCAUGCCAAGACUGUUUGGAGAAAUGGGACCGGUCCUAGCCUUUUGGGGGCCUUAAGCAAAAAUGUAU